AGUGAUGACAGUCCGUAAACAUGGCGCCGGCCUUGGAAGAUGAUGAGAUCGACAAUGAUGACUACUACUCUUUACUCAAUGUCAGGAGAGAGGCAACACAGGAGGAGCUUAAGGCAUCGUACAGACGACUAUGCAUGCUUUAUCAUCCAGACAAACACCGGGACCCCGAGCUCAAGAGGCAGGCCGAGCAGCUCUUUAACCUAGUGCACAAAGCUUACGAAGUCCUCAGUGACCCUCAAGCGCGGGCCAUCUAUGAUAUCUAUGGGAAGAGAGGACUGGAUGUUGAGGGAUGGGAGGUAGUGGAAAGAAAAAGGACACCAGCAGAGAUCCGUGAGGAGUAUGAGCGUCUUCAAAAAGAGAGAGAAGAAAGGAGACUUCAGCAGAGGACCAAUCCCAAGGGGGUGAUCAGUGUGGGUAUUGAUGCCACAGACCUCUUCGAUCGCUAUGAGGAAGACUACGAAGAUAUGCCUGCGGCGGGCUUUCCACAUAUAGAGAUCAACAAGAUGCACAUAUCGCAAUCCAUAGAAGCUCCUCUUACAACCUCAGACACGGCAAUCCUCGCUGGCUCCCUCUCUACCCACAACGGAAAUGGAGGAGGAAACAUUAACCUUGCCCUCCGGAGAGUCACUUCAGCUAAGGGCUGGGGGGAGUUGGAGUUUGGGGCAGGAGACACGCAUGGACCCCUAGUUGGAAUGAAGAUAUUCCGCAACCUCACACCUCGCUGCUUCAUGACCGCUCAGUGUGGACUUCAGUUUUCGUCCCGAGGGGUGCGUCCUGGUGUCACCACAGUGCUGGCCCGACACCUGGACAAGAACACUAUGGGUUACCUGCAGUGGCGCUGGGGCACACAGUCCUCUAUGAACACCAGCAUCGUCAGGGACACCAAGAGCAGCCACUUCACUUUUGCCAUGCAGCUUGGCAUCCCCCACUCCUUCAUGAUGAUGAGCUACCAGUACAAAUUCCAAGAUGAUGACCAGACGAAGAUCAAAGGCUCAGUCAAGUCUGGGUUCUUUGGCACGGUGGUGGAGUAUGGAGCAGAAAGGAAGAUCAGUCGCCACAGUGUCCUGGGUGCGACCAUCAGUGUAGGAGUGCCUCAGGGUGUGUCACUCAAGAUAAAGCUGAACAGAGCCAAUCAGACCUAUUUCUUCCCCAUCCAUCUGACGGACCAGCUCCUGCCCAGCGCUGUCUUCUAUGCCACUGUUGGACCCCUGGUCUUCUACCUCGUCAUCCAGCAGCUUGUUAUCAGGCCAUUUGUGCGCGCACAGAAGGAUCAGGACCUGGAGAAGCAGAGAGAGAGCUCAGCCUCUGACAUUGCUAAGAAGAGGCAGGAGGCAGAGUCUGCUGUUAUGCUCAUGCAAGAGUCUGUCCGCAGAAUCAUAGAAACAGAGGAAUCUAGAUUGGGUCUUAUCAUCCUCAAUGCCUGGUAUGGGAAGUUUGUUACAGACAACAGCAGGAAGCAUGAAAGGGCAAAGGUGAUUGACGUAACUGUGCCACUGCAGUGCCUGGUAAAAGACUCCAAAUUGAUACUAACUGAGGCAACAAAGUCAGGGCUUCCAGGGUUCUAUGACCCCUGUGUAGGGGAGGAGAAGAGCCUGAAGGUGCUGUAUCAGUUCCGGGGAGUUAUGCAUCAAGUCCUCUCUGGGGACAUGGAAGCACUCAGGAUACCAAAACAAUCUCACAGGAUUGAUGCAGACACUUAGAAGCCACGUCACUGGGACUGGAAGGGACAUGAUCUGACUGUUUGACUGAGGAUGGACAGACUUGUAUUUUAGAGACAACAUUGAACAUUGAUAUACCCUUUUGUGCCCCACCCCAAACCAUGUUGGGGGUUAGAAAUGCAGACAUGAUUGAUGUGUCAAUGUGGGUUAUCAGGGAAUGCCCUUUUUACGAUAGAAUCUUAUUUUAUUUUUCAGUUGACACCAAAAAUGAAUUGGCUCAAGAUUUGGUUUCAGGCCUUUUCUCAUUCUAUAUAUCUUUACAGUACUCCCCUCUUCUCUGGUAUGGCUUGUUAAGAAAGAUUUAAGUUUGGUACUGUAUUGUACUGAACAGUGCCUAUGUGAUUGAAGAAUGCUCCUCUGUAUAUUUGCCAUAUUAUUAAAAUCAAUAUUUUCCAUGUUGCAUAACCAAUUUGGUAUCUGCACUGGAAACAGGGAUUAUCAUAUUGCUUUUGUUUAUUCCCACUUUUUCUAAACAAUUUGUCCAAAUGUGUUUGUGCUUUGUGGCUUAUCUGUCCUUGCUGUAGACCCAUUAUAUGAAUGCUCUAGGGAUUAAUUGGAGUUGAUCUUUGGAAAAAGAAAAAUCAUUUUAUUAUUGAAUAU